GACAACCAGAAAUCAUCACCAUCGUUAUCAUCAAACAGAGACAGCCGGAACUCAUCACCACCACGGUCCUCAUACAGAGACAGCCAGAAAUCAUCACCACCACCACCACCAUCCUCAUUGAAGGAGGACCGGAAAUCAUCUCCGCCAUCAUCGUUCAGAGCGACUUGGAAGCCUUCACCACCACUCUCGAGACCGAGCCGCACAUCAUCUCCACCUCCCUCCAGAGAGACCACCAAGUCAUCGCUCCUCUCCAGUGACCACUGGAAAUCUUCAUCCCACGGUGCUUUGCUGCCGCAACCCCAGAAUACAUUGCAGUCGUCCGGCAGCGGUUUCCAGCAGGUACAAAGUGAAUUGCAGCCGAAUCCGGAUGGGGAUGCCGGUGCAUGUCAGGAUUGGCAGAUCACGGACUCUGCCCAGCUGCCACAGGAGGGCGCAUGUGUGGGAGUGCUCGGCGAGAGGCUGUCGCUCAGGGAGAUGGAAACACAGAAGCUGGAGCCUCCCACCGCUGACCUCUCGCAAAGCCCACGGAGGGGGUUUAAAGUUCGCCUGGCCCCGGAUGAGGGCGACACUGAAACCCGGACGCGGCCCCCCACUUGCGGCACGCGGCCCGGAGACGCGCGCUCCUCUAUUCGUCCGACGCCGGCCACUACCCCGAUCGGAUCGGGGUACGUGGAGGAGGCACGAUGCGUGCGCCCUUCCGAGCUCGCCAUCGCGCGCAGCACAAGCGGUAGAGACGCGAGCGGCGCCGCCCAGUCCACCCUUGGCGCCACCGCCGCGCACUCCACUCGCGCGGUUUUCCACGGGUUUUACAGUGAGCGUUUAGGGAACGGCACGACCGCGCGCGGCGUCCGAGACGUCUCCCCGACCUUCACCGUGGACAGCCUGCUCUCCUCGUCGCUGCUGUGUGGCAUCCAAGGUGCCAGCUCUCCGAGCCGGGAGGCGGCCGUCGCAGUCGCGGAGGCCGCCGGAGACUCCGCGACAGCGACGGCCGCCCCCGUGCCGAGACCGUUGACACGGAACUCCUCGGUGAGGGGCAGCCGCGUGUGGGGCGACCGGGGAGCGGACUCGCCCUGCAGGAAGAGGCUCGAGUUUUCGACGGCGCUGAGGAGGAGUGCGUCCCAGUACGCGCUGCGCAAGGAGAAGGAGGGCGAGGCCUCCGACGCCGCCACCCUGCGCCGGCCCGUCUCGCUCCAUGCGAUGGAGAAGCUUAGCGACGGCGACUCGCUCUACGCAUCCGGCAAGCCCCACGCCCGGCCCGACGGGCCCCUUGGCCACGGCAAGGCCACCGUCGGCCUGGCCGCACCCAGCGGCGGUACGAGCAGCCAAGACGUGCCACAUGGGGUCGCCGCCGCCAGCAGCCUAGACGGGUCGAGCAGCGAUCGCAUUGCUGCACCGCCAGAGUCGGCUUCCCCGCGCCGAGGGGAAGUGGGGACAACCGCGCCGAGCAGACGGCAGCCACCAUUCAUUGUGCCACCCGUCACGGUGCCACCGGUAGGCGCGCCCCCGGCCGACGCGCCACCGGCCAGUGCGCCGCCAGAAGCAGCCAACUCGGCCAGCUUUUUCCGCCGGAAAGGAGGACCCCGGAUAAUUCGCAUGUGCAGGCCCAAGUCGUGGUGCUCCUUCCUCACCGAGACACAGAUGAAGAAAGCGAAGGAGGCGGAGGAGGAGGAUGCGGAGGAGAAGGAGGAGGCUGAGCCGGUGUCGGCACAGCCACAGGGCUCCGUCCCCAAACGCUGCAUCUACCUGGAUGUGAAAGCGACGAGAGGCCGUACGGACAACGCUGAUGACACUGAGGGUAGCGAUCCCGGGCGGUCGGAGCCUCCCGACAAGAUGGAGCGUCCUCCUCAUCGUGCUGCGGAGGAGGACGACGACACGGAGGAGCCGAGCGAUGCACGGGAGGCCGAGGGGACCUGGGCCCUGGGAAUGAAUAUGAAGAACUUGGAUAGCACCGGCACUUUGCACCUGAACCGGCGUAGGGCGAUUUACUUUCGGCGAAAGCCGGCAAAGCGACGGGAGCAGGCGGUACCAGCCGCCGACACCGGCGACGGCAUGGACGGUGCCAGCAGAUCUGACAGUGUCGCUCGGAGCGGCGAGACAAUCUUCCAGGACCAGCGAGGAGGUGGCGGUGUGCGCCGGUGGGAGUCCCGGUCGUCGAGAGAUUCGUGGGCCAACGACGGGGUGGACGGAGGCCGAGAUGGCGACGUCGCGGGAGCUCGCGACGAACGGGCAGGGAAGGGGGACGAGGUCGAGGGCACGGCCGGCCCCGCCGACGGACGGGAGGCCGCGUUCGGGACGAUGAAGGACGACCCCCCCGCUCCCGGAGAGGAUCCCGUUCACCCGGCGGUGACGGUGGUGGCGCAGGGCGACCUCGGGGCAGACGAGGCUGACGGCGCGAUGUUGACGAGACCCCGGUCUCCCGACGGGUGCGAUGCCACCACCGCCUCCGCUGCCGCCACUACGGAGGUGAAUGGGCGCGGUGAGACUCCCGGCGCAGGCUCGACUGUGCAGCUGGAGCUGGGAGACAUCGAGGACGAGGAGGUGCUGGAUAAGAUGUUGAACGAGGAGCGCGACGCCGACAUCCGCAGCCGGAUUCGCGCUGCCCGGCGGGAGCUGCGGAAGAAGAAACGAGGCUGCGAUGUUCCUGACUCGGAGGAGGAGGAGGGGGAGAGUGAAGAGCAAAUACAGAAGGGGACGGCGCGGUCGCCGGGCUCGGCGAUCGUACCGAGGACGCCGGAGGUGCGGGGGAAACGGGACGGCCCUGCCCCGGGUACCGGCGGGCAGGGGGCGGCACGUAGCCCCGCCGCCACGUCCGGACACAGCAGCAGCAGCAGCAGCAGCAGCGCCGCCGCGACCUCCACGGCCGGCACCACAGCGGCAGACAAGGCCAAGGCCGCCCUGAGUACGUCCACAGCGCCAACGCCACCGGCACCCGCUCGAGACGCUCGCUGUGACAGCUGUGCCGUGAGAUGGGAGGGGAGAGACGGCGCCGCAACGGUGCAGACCGCACGGACGCCACCGACGGGCCAGACGGCGCGCACCCAGCCCACCCCGCCCAGCUCCGGGCCCCGCGUGGGGAGCAUCUUCGACCGCGAGGACUCGUCGCCGGUGGCCCACGCCGGAAUCCGGAGCCGCGAGGCCACGCCGCGGGGUCUCCCGGGGUCGCACGGAUCCAGGGGGUCGCAGGCUCCGAGCCGCCGAGCCAUCGUGGAGCGACUGGAGCGACAGAGCGGCGGGCAGCAGAAGACGGCGUCGCCGGUCAAGCUGCAGAGGGCCGGGAGCUUUGGGGCCACGACCAUCAAGCAGAUGCUGCUGGAGUGGUGCCGUGCCAAGACUCGCGGAUACGAGCACGUGGACAUCCAGAACUUCUCGACGAGCUGGAGCGACGGGCUUGCCUUCUGCGCCCUCAUCCACCACUUCUUCCCGGAGGCCUUCGACUUCUCCGAGCUGGAACCGCGCAACCGCAGGCACAACUUCGACCUCGCCUUCACCACCGCCGAGAAGCUGGCGGCGUGUGACCCCCUGCUGGAGGUGGACGACAUGCUGAGGAUGGGGCCGCGACCCGACCCCAAGUGCGUGUUCACCUACGUGCAGUGGCUCUGCCAGCACCUCAAGAAGGUGCAGGCGGCAAGGGGCGCCGCCACCACCGCCGCCACGGCCCCCGCCGCUGGUGCCCCCCACCCCCCCGCUACCUCCAAGUCACUCUAAGCCAGGUCACUCUUAAGCCAAAGCACUGAAGCCAAAAGCCAUCCUAGUUACGGUACCGCAGUGGUGUUGUUGUUGUUGUUGUGCGUAAACGCAGCCAUAUGCUUGGUAUGAUGCUACGAUCGUCGUUCUCACCCAAAAGUGGUGUUACACUUUGCGAGCCGCUCCUCGUCCCGGCCGCAUGAAGGAGCUGGCAGCACAUCUCCGGCACCGCUGCCUCCUACAGCUGCUGCUGCUGUCGCCAGUUGGCCGUGAGCGAGCAAUCGGACGCCACCGUGACUUUAUUCCUGGAUGGGCGAUGCCACUCGGGGAGGGUUUUUGGGGUUCCGGUUCCUGGCCGUGGGGCCUCCGGCGACCACUAGAGCCCUCGCGCCACCCACAGUCUCUCCACCCCGCGCCUCUUGCGCCAAGCGAGCGGCCGCGAGGGGCAUCCUGACCUCUCACUCGAUGACCCCGUGGGGCCCUCGGUGACGCCAGGAUCUCGGUGAGCGGAGUUGCGGUUUCACGGUGUCUUAACGCACGUGCACACGGCGCUUGCAAGGGGUGUCACACUCCGUGUGCGUGUGUGUGUGUAUAUAUAAAUGUGUGUGCAUAGCUCACGUUGACACGUAUAUGCGCACGGGCUGCGUUUGGGCGGUGGUGCUGCCCGCGCUGCUCGCUGGGUUGUAUAUCCUGCACCGACUCACGCUCGCUUUGCUAAGUUAUCGUCGUGACGGAUGUCGCGCGCCCCCGCGCGGGGCUUGGCGACGGUGCCAGGGGGCGGCUUACGCUGGGGAGACUUUGGGGCCGCAUCUCGGCGAACGUUCACCUCUCGUCCGCUUGUUGCCGAAAAUGCACCGACGGCUCCGCCGUGGACUGCGCGCACUGCGGCGUUUUGGCCGUUAGGUGGAGAUGUGAAGUUGGCGAUGAAACGGAGGCGGGGAGACGCACGCGGUGUGGAGGGAGGCGCACGCGACGACGUUGGCCUCGUUACGGCAUGGCCGUGAAGGGGCAGGAUCGUGACCGGGGUGUCUCUCUGACUCUGAUCCCACCCAUUUACCUGGCCUGAUGCCCCUCAAUAAUCGCAUCUCCACUUCUGACUCCAAUCCCAACCUCAACUCUGACCCCAGUCCUGACCCCGACCCUAUCCCCGAAUGCUGGCCUUGACCUCAACCCUAACUCUGAUCCCACCCUUAAUCCCGAUCCCGUCUGUGGCCCCGAGCCCACCCCGGCCUCCGGCUCCGCCCGCGUCUCCUCGCCUCGCCGCUGUUUCCCGUGCCUCCGGCAGAGGGCGCGGCGCCCCGCCUCUCCGUGUCUCUCCCAUGUACCCCGCGUGUUCGCCGCGUGUCCCCCGCGUGUCCCCCGCGUGUCCCCCGCGUGUCUGCCGCGUGUUUCCGUGUCUCCGCGCGAAAUAAACCCACUCCUCGCGGAGCCCAUCA